AUAGUCUAAAACCGUUGUAUAUGAUAUUCCAAUAUUUUCUGCCUUCUAACACCUCUUGUCGUUUCCCAUUUGAAAGUCCAAGUAUUCGCAUAGAAAAUAAGGUGUGGUUUUGUAUCCGCAUAGAAGGCACACAUAUCCACUUCCUAAACGAAUUCGUUAUGAAUUUCUCCAUAGUGUCUCGAUAGGUACCCAAGCCCUGUCAAUAUUUGUUCUCAAUUUUGCUUUCACCGUUUUCUCACUCCAACUCGCACAGACACAAUCUGAUAACAAAAAUAAAACCAAUGUGUUUAAAGAAACCGUGACAUAUUCUGUGAUUUGAUAUAUCAUUUCAAUCGUUCAAGACCUCAUAAGAUUCUAUUCAUUAUUCCAUACGGAAAGGUUGGCAAAAAAUCAAAAUUCCCGCCCAUUCCUACAUUUUAUCGGUGGUUCAUGCCCUCUAGGCAGUCAGUUGAUUGUUUCGGUUUCAAGAGGUCAGAAGCCUAGUCUCAUGGAAGUUCCUGAGCUCAUUGAUGAUUCGUCAAUUCAAAGAAAGGAAACACAAUCACCAAUGGAAAUCGGAAUGUCUCCACCGGCUUUUAUAGAGCAAUCCCGAAUGAGUGUAGAUCAGCCGUCGUCAUCUUCAUCUGAUUCCGAAUGCCGAGUUUGCGCACACACGGCACACGGUGUCCACUUUGGAGUUUUGUCUUGCAGGGCUUGUGCUGCGUUUUUCAGACGCUCUGUUGUCAUGGACAAAAAAUACUCGUGCAGAAAAGCAAGUCAAGGAUGUCGAAUUGACAAGUCAGAGAGGUAUCUGUGCAGAUUGUGCAGGUACAAAAAGUGCCUACAACUCGGGAUGACCGCAGAUAAUGUUCAAUGGAAUCGUGAUAUGAUUUCAUCAACUGAUAGAAAACGUCAAAGUGAAGAAGACGAUGCAACUGACGUUGAUGCAUAUUCAGAUUGGAGUCCUGGAUCCAAAAAGUCUUGUUUAGAUGCUCCACCACUUUAUGAUUUGUCAAGAACUUUGAAUAAAAUACACAAGACUUUUAUGGAGUUCAAAAUACCAGUUGAUGAUCCGGUUUACCAGUCGACCAGCACUUUAGGAAAAAUGGAUUGGGCUUUGAGACGUCAUCGGAAGAAUAAAAAGAUGCAAAACUUCCGAAUCAUAAACACUAUACGACUGGACCAAUUGGUUGAUAUGUGGGGAAUGGAAAUGACCAAACAAGCAGAAUUUAUGAUGCAUUCUGAAGAAUUUCGAGAAUUGAGUUUGGAAGAAAAGUUUUCGAUUUUCAAAUUAGUUUGGCAAGUGUCACAGAGAUUCGAGAAGCUGACAAUGUCACUGGAAAUUUUUGGAAAAAGGGCGAUAGAGGAGAAAAUUCUCAUCACCUCAAAUUCGACUGCAAUUCGAAUGGAAGAUGUUGAAAUUGAUCUUUCCAAGAUAACCGACUACACUUCCCUCGAGCUCCGAAAAAUGUUCCAACAUGUGUGCUCACAAAUGUAUGAAGAAGUCGCUCGUCCACUUAUGGAGCUUGAUCCAUCCACAAUUGAAAUUAGUUACAUGUUGUGUCAAAUCAUAUGGCAUAUUGCUGGAAAAACUCUUCAAGGUGAUAUUCUUGAUGCGGGAGAGAAAUUCAUUGGGAAAAUAGCCGACGAUCUUCAUCAAUAUUAUUUGAAAGAGUACAAAAUGUCAAACUAUGCUGGUAGACUUAUCAAACUGAUGACUGUUGUGAAUAGUUUACAGAGAAUUCAUUUGGAUCGCCUGAAAAUCAUGGAAUUGGCUAAGAUUUUCGAAGUUUUCAAGGUCAAAGUGACCGAUCCAUGCGUCUUCCAGGACUAAUUUUGAUUUAUUUCUCUUUUCCAUGUUCUCAUUUUUGGUUCAUUCUUCAUAUUAUUCUAAAAUCUGGUAAAUAAUUUGUCAAUGCUCAAAUACAUAUUUUUGUUACGAA